GGUUUGACCCUGGAUUGUGCGUCACGUGGCUGACGGGACCAGACGACCCAGGCCAGCCCCACACCACAGCAAUUAGGACCUACCGUAAUCAUGGAGGAGCUCCGUUUCAACCCGUCGGUCAACACACAGAGGCACCAAUAUGUGAUCGACUUUGUGAAGACACACAAACCUAAAAAGGUUGUGGAUUUGGGAUGCAAUGACUGUUCACUACUGAGGAAACUCAAGUUUCACCGUGAAAUCGAACUACUUUGUGGGGUGGACCUUCAGAGCAACUCGAUGAAGAAGAAAAUGCAUGAAUUGGCACCUCUCCCAACUGACUACCUGCAGCCGGGAGCUUCUCCACUGAGCAUUGAACUGUAUCACGGCUCCGUCACACAGAAGGAUGCCAGGCUCCGAGGAUUUGAUCUGGUGACCAGCAUAGAACUCAUCGAGCAUCUCCAUCUGGACGCGGUGGAGCGCUUCACCGAGGUGCUGUUUGGCUACAUGACCCCAGGGACGGCCAUUGUCAGUACCCCGAACGUCGAAUUCAACCCGCUCUUUCCCAGAAUGCGUGGCUUCAGGAACUCCGACCAUAAGUUUGAGUGGACCCGAGCUGAGUUCCAGUCCUGGGCCCUGAAGGCAUGUGGGCGGUACGGCUACGAAGCCGAGUUCACGGGCGUGGGGCAGGCAGUGCCUCACCUGCACCUCCAGGUGGGCUUCUGUACGCAGAUCGCCGUGUUCCGGAGGCUGUCCCGGGGCGGCGGCGCUCCGGCGUCCAGCGGUGACGCCGGGGAGAUCUUUUCGUACAAGCGUCUCUACAGCGUGUCCUACCCCAGUCUGUGUGAUAACAACGUCCUGCGAGGGUGUCUGGUCAGUGAGGUCCUCCACUGGGCUUACCAGCUCUCCCGAAGGAGGAGGACGGAGGACGGGGACGGGGACGACGGGGAGGAAGGCUUGGGUCACACAGAGCCGGACAGGGCGGAGACGGAGCCGACAGGUGACCCGAGGGACACCUGCAAACCUCAACAUGAGUUUGAGGAAAGCGUCUUUGACGGAGAGGGAACCCACGGGUGGGAGGAUGUCAAGAUGACCAGCAGAGGGCAGCUGGAGUCCUACAGACAGGGCCGAUGUGUGUUUGUUCCUCUGCACAGAGUGUGGUCCUGCUGCCCCCGGAUCAGAGACCUGAGUGGAUCCCUGGCUCGUCUGAGGCUCUUCAUAGCCGACGACCCACUGGUCAGACUGAGCCAGGACGGGUUUGCUGUGGUUCUGGAUGAAGGGGAAGAGGUCAGUGAGGAGGAGCCAGAGAACACCAAUAGAAUGGACCCAGCCUGCCACCAUGCAGUGGAGGAAGAGAUGUGGGAGAGCCUCUGAUCAACCAACACAGGAGACACCCACUUUUGAGUGACCACAUAUCCUCCUGCAAUGCUUGGUGGAGCAUUGCUUCACACACCCAAUAUAAAAGUUACACUGUCAGGAAAACCAUUCCCCAAUAAAGACCUGUUCUUGA